AUGGGGUCAAAUGCUUUCCUCUCCCCGUAUACCAGUGACUCCGUCUCCGAUCUCCUCAUAACCGUCCGCUUCUCCGCUUCAAUCCCCGAUCUCCCACUCGACGUCUCAGCACCAGAGACCACAACUGGCGCAGGACUCAAACAACUAAUUCGCGCAAAGCUCCCACUCACCCUCUCAUCCCAUCGAUUACGUCUGAUCUACGCAGGUCGAGGUCUAGAAGAUACAGCCGCCCUAACAACCUCUCUCAAGCUCCCGCCUUCCCCAUCUAGAACUCCGCGGCCGGCCACAGAAGAUGAAGACGACGGAACAAGUCUAGAGAAAGCGCACAAUGCUUCAGACUCUAAGUCAAGAGAUAAGGGCAAACAACCCGUUCGCGAUCAACGCCCAAGAAUAUAUAUCCACUGCUCCAUAGGCGAUAUCGCGCUUUCGGAUGCGGACCUAGCUGCCGAGGCUGAAAUAGCUACGACACUGCUACAAAGCCAGAAAGAAGAUGAAAAUGUCUCUUCGUUGCUCUCUACUAUAUCUGCAAUUCCGCAUCGUAGCGGCUCCUCGGUCUUUCCGUCUCAAUCUUCGGCCGCGCCUGAAACAACCACUACACCUGCACCCCGCGGUUUUGAUCGUCUCCUAGCGGCUGGCUUUACCGCUGCGGAAGUGACGGCUCUUCGGUCACAGUUUUUGGCUGUGCAGUCUGUUUCUCGGACGCCGGAUACUAUGCCCAGUGGUGAAGAGCUUCGUGAUCUAGAAGAUCGGUGGAUGGACGAGGGCUCAACUGCUGCGGGGAUGAUGGGUGGGGGUGAAGGUGCGGGCACUGGCGACGAUGAUGGGGGGUUGGGCUCUGGAUCGAGGAGUGCUAUGGAUGAUAUGCUUUGGGGUGCGGUUAUGGGCUUCUUUUGGCCUAUUGGCUGUGCGAUGUGGUUGCGAAGGGAGGAGGGUGUUUGGUCUUGGAGAAAGGGGGUUGCGGUUUUCGUCGGGGUUCUUGUUAAUGCAGCUUUUGGGGCCAUGAGGAUUAUGAAUUAG